AGCGUGUGCCGGUAAAGAAACUCAGUGGAGCGACUUUACCAAGGCGCAAAAGAAUUCGGGGCCACUCCAGCUGCGUGUGAUGACCGGCUGCGUGAAUUCUGGCUGGGAGAAGUGGUCCGGAUGCUGCUCUCUGCUCUGCCUCUAAGCUGACAGUCAGUUGAACCCGAAAGUGCGAUUUUCACAAAAGAACAGUCAUUGGCGUUUCUGCGAAGUCCGGUGCGUCCCGCUUCUGUGCGCAGCGGGUUGGAUCGGACGGAUCGACUUGUUGCCGCCACUGAGCUGCGAGGGCCCCACGGUUGCUGCGUUGCGUGUCCGACCUACAAGUCAGGACUUAAAAGCCUGCUGAAAGGAUGAUGUCCUACAUUAAGCAACCCCAUUACACCAUGAACGGGUUAAAUUUGCCUGGUCCUGGAAUGGAUGUUCUUCACACAACCGUUGCUUAUCCACCCACUCCCCGGAAGCAGCGCAGAGAGCGUACCACCUUCACUCGGACCCAACUGGACAUCCUGGAAGCACUGUUCUCCAAGACCCGCUACCCAGACAUCUUCAUGAGGGAAGAGGUGGCCCUCAAGAUCAACUUGCCUGAGUCCCGUGUGCAGGUGUGGUUUAAAAACCGUCGUGCCAAAUGUCGCCAGCAGCAGCAGCAGAGCAGUGGCCAGUCCAAGCCUCGUCCCCCAAAGAAAAAGGCCUCACCAGUGCAAGAACCCAGCGCUCCGGAUCCAGUCCCCAACCCACCAGGCUCUUACAGCCCAUCCUCAGCCCAGUCAGGGCCCAGCCUAGCUCCGAGCUCCAGCACUGGAAACACUGCUGUGUCCAUCUGGAGCCCGGCCAUCUCACCCCUCCCCGACCCCCUGGCCUCCUCGGCACCCUGCAUGCAGCGGCCGUCACCUUACCCAAUGAGCUACGGCCAGCCAUCAGCCUACACCCAGGGCUAUGCCAGCACCACAUCCUACUUCACUGGCCUGGACUGCAGUGCCUACCUGUCCCCCAUGCACUCGCAGCUGUCAGGCACCGGCGGUGCUCUCAGCCCCAUCACUGUACCUUCAAUGGGGGGCUCACUGAGCCAGUCCCCAGCAUCACUGUCUUCGCAGGGCUACAGCACUGCCUCCUCCCUGGGCUUCACCUCUGUUGACUGCCUGGACUACAAGGACCAGCAGGCCUGGAAACUGGGCUUCACUACGAUGGACUGCCUGGACCACAAGGACCAAAACUCCUGGAAAUUCCAGGUCCUCUAGGGAGUGAUGAAAAUGUGUUCAUGUGUGUGUCAACAUGUCACAGGUGUCAAUCAGCCCAGCACGAGAUAGUGUGAAGCAGUUUGCCAGAGGACCUGUUACCACUGAUUCCGUUUCAUGUUUGUAAGAUGUUUUUGUUUGUUUGUUUGAGAGUGAUCUCUGUAGAAAGGCAUUAUUUGGAGUGAUUUUUUAAGUGGGAAGGACCAGAAGCUGUCAUCAAUCCUGCCUGAAUGCAAAACAAUUGCUGUCCUCAUGCUAUGUUCAGUCUGAGAACUAAUGCCUUUGAGGAGUCUGUAGGAAACACUAUCUAUGGAAAAUCACUAAACCCAUCACACACACAUUUACAGGCAGACACACACUUUAAAUUUCUUAAUUUUGUUUUAAACUUGCAUGUCAUAGAGUGGAAGGAGAGCCGCUCCCACAUGAGGAAGCUUUAGGUCCAACCCUCCUCCAGGGUUACAUUAUUCUAAACUAUUUAUUAUUAUUAUAAACUACGUUUAGUUUAUCAUUUGAUUUCAUUUAGAUUUUUUGAAGUGUUUGUGUUAUGUAUAACAGUGUUAGCCUUUAGUCUUACCACCCUGACCUGUUCGAUGGAAUAAAAAGAUUCUCUGUUUUA